AUGGACGGCGCCGCCGUGGCCUCCGUGGCCGAGGACCCCAAGCCCGACGCGGACACCGUGCAGGUGCUGCGGGACCUGGCCAACCGCCUGCGGAUCCACUCCAUCCGGGCCACGUGCGCCUCCAGCUCCGGCCACCCCACGUCGUGCUGCAGCGCCGCCGAGAUCAUGUCGGUGCUCUUCUUCCACACGAUGCGGUACAAGCAGGCGGAGCCCGAACACCCGGACAACGACCGGUUCGUCCUCUCCAAGGGCCACGCCGCGCCCAUCCUCUACGCCGCCUGGGCGGAGGUGGGCGACAUCAGCGAGGCGGACCUGCUGAGCCUGCGCAAGAUCCACAGUGACCUGGAGGGGCAUCCCACGCCGCGGCUGGCCUUCGUGGACGUGGCGACCGGGUCGCUGGGGCAGGGGCUGGGGGCCGCGUGCGGCAUGGCCUACACCGGCAAGUACUUCGACAAGGCCAGCUACCGCGUCUUCUGCCUCCUGGGCGACGGCGAGUCCUCCGAGGGCUCCAUCUGGGAGGCGCUGGCCUUCGCCUCCCACUACAGUCUGGACAACCUGGUGGCGGUCUUCGACGUGAACCGCCUGGGGCAGAGCGGGCCCACGCCCCUGGAGCACUGCACCGACAUGUACCAGAAGCGCUGCGAGGCCUUCGGCUGGACCACCUACCUGGUGGACGGCCACGACGUGGAGGCCCUGUGCCACGCCUUUUGGCAGGCGGCGCGGGUGAAGAACAAGCCCACGGCCAUCGUCUCCAAGACCUUCAAGGGCCGGGGCAUCCCGAACGUGGAGGACUCCGAGAACUGGCACGGGAAGCCGAUGCCCAAGGAGAGAGCCGACGCCAUCAUCAAGCUGAUUGAGAGCCAGAUCCAGACCAACAGGAACCUGACGCCCAGGCCGCCCGUGGAGGACUCGCCCCGCAUCAGCAUCAAGAACAUCAAGAUGGCCUCGCUGCCCGCUUACAAAGUGGGGGACAAGAUGGCGACCGACAGGGCCUACGGUUUGGCUCUGGCCAAACUGGGCCAUGCCAAUAAAAGGGUCAUUGUCCUGGACGGGGACACGAAGAACGCCACCUUUUCCGAGAUGUUCAAGAAGGAGCACCCCGAGCGUUUCAUCGAGUGCUUCAUGGCCGAGCAAAACAUGGUGAGCGUGGCGCUGGGCUGUGCCACGCGCGACCGCACCGUCGCUUUUGUCAGCACCUUCGCGGCCUAUUUGACCCGGGCGUUUGAUCAUAUCCGCAUGGGGGCCAUCUCUCAAACCAACAUCAACCUGAUUGGUUCCUACUGCGGGCUCUCCAUUGGUGAGGACGGACCCUCCCAGAUGGCCCUGGAGGACCUAGCCAUGUUCCGGAGCAUCCCCAACUGCACUGUGUUCUACCCAAGCGAUGCCGUCUCGACAGAGCACGCUAUAUGCCUGGCCGCCAAUGCCAAAGGCAUGUGCUUCAUUCGGACUGGCCCACCAGAAAUUGCAGUUAUUUACACCCCAGAAGAACAUUUUGAGAUUGGACAGGCCAAGGUCAUCCGCCGCAGUGUCAAUGACAAAGUCACAGUAAUUGGAGCCGGGGUUACUCUGCAUGAAGCCUUAGCAGCUGCUGACCGUCUUUCUGAACAAGAUAUUUCCAUCCGUGUCAUUGACCCAUUUACCAUUAAACCCCUGGAUGCUGCCACCAUCAUCUCCAAUGCAAAAGCUACAGGCGGUCGGGUUGUCACAGUGGAAGAUCACUACCGGGAAGGUGGCAUUGGAGAAGCAGUAUGUGCCGCUGUGUGUGGGGAGCCUGACAUCCUUGUUCAUCAGCUGGCAGUGUCAGGAGUCCCUCGAAGUGGGAAACCUUGCGAAUUGCUGGAUAUGUUUGGAAUCAGUGCCAGACAUAUCAUAGCAGCAGUGAAACACACUUUAAUGAAUUAAGAUAGCUGUGUUCUUUAAAAGUCAGUCUGUUGAGUUUGGUCUUAAAACAGUUAACCUUUAUAUUGCAUUAAUGCUAGAUGUUAUCAAACCAUUGUUUAUAUUAUUGCACAUUUUUAAAACAUUUAACACCUUUCUUCAUUCCCAAUUAGAAAUUCAAGUUAACUACCUUUCGGUUAAACUGUGACUGUAUACACAAAUGCUACUCUCAUUUUUGAAUAAUUGAAGUAGGUUGUAACUUCAUAAGUAACAGAAUAGCAAACAAAACUUCUACGCCUAAUACAAAAUUUUCUGAGAAGGUUAUAAAUAACUGUUGGGAAUCAAAAUAGAGUUAAUAGUUUCUUAUAUGCUUCUAAUUUCCUUGUAAGAAAAUGUGAAUUUAAUUUUAGACUUAAGUAGCCCAGGUUUUGAAGCAGAUUUGAGCUUUCAUGUAAUGCAAUUCUACCUGCAGCUUUCCAGACAUUGUUUGUCUGCAGUUAGUUGCCUUGGGAUUUCCUCAGAAGCUUGACUUCAUCUCUCCUCCGUAGUUUAGAAGCCAUAGAGCAGCAGUGAAGGUUCUUAUAAUCAUACUGCUUUCUUAAAGCGAUGAAAGCAUAAUUAGUUCUAGUCUGCAUACUACACAGUUGAGAUUUCAAAAAUGUUUCAUUUUUUUCAGUGA